CACAAAAUACCAGACUUGAAGAUUUCAAUGUGUAAUGUCAAAUGUGUAGAACAAUGUUGUACGUUUAACCCAUGUAGCAUGAGACACUAAAAUCGUCUCGAGCUUCACUCACAAUUUUGUGUUAUUCAUAAAACAAAACAAACAAAACCGCCAAAUGUGCGAAGUUUCCAUUUCCUAUCAACAACGUUUUCCUUUCUUUGUUUCCUUUUGAUUCCAUACUUUCUUAUUUCUGCCCUUUUAAUUGCUAUUACUGUCAGGAUUCAGGAAACCCUUUAUUCUGAAUCACUCUUUUCUGUUGCAAUGGGUCUCUGGGAUUCUCUUCUCAAUUGGCUUCGAAGUUUGUUUUUUAAACAGGAAAUGGAGUUAUCCCUUGUUGGCCUCCAAAAUGCCGGGAAAACAUCUCUUGUUAAUGCAAUUUCUACAGGAGGAUACAGUGAAGAUAUGAUUCCAACGGUUGGGUUUAAUAUGCGCAAAGUUAAAAAAGGCAAUGUGACUAUAAAGCUUUGGGAUCUCGGAGGACAGAGGCGGUUUCGCUCAAUGUGGGAGCGCUAUUGCCGUGGUGUAUCCGCAAUUGUUUACGUAGUUGAUGCUGCAGAUAGAGACAGUAUCCCGAUAUCUCAAAGUGAGCUACAUGAGCUUCUAGAGAAGCCAUCCUUAACCGGGAUCCCCUUGCUCAUUCUUGGCAACAAAAUCGACAAAUCAGAAGCUCUUGCACAACAAGCAUUAAUGGAUCAACUAGGGGUACAAUCAAUCACCGAUAGAGAAGUUUGCUGUUACAUGAUCUCCUGCAAGGAGUCUGUAAACAUAGACAUCGUCAUUGAUUGGCUUAUAAAGCAUUCGAAAAUCGCCAAAUGACCCAACACAAAUGGGCAUGAUACCUUAAAUAGUUAAAUGCAUGAUCUACAUGAUCAAUCUGGUUCAUUUUCCUGCCUGUAGAUUUACUUCCCCAGCUUUUUGUAGUAGGGAUUAGGGCAUAUGCAAGUCAAGGUUAAUUAUUCCAGUUUUAGGCUUUUCUUUAAUAUGUAUUUAUAUUUAUGUAAUUAAAUAUGAUUUUUCAUGUUGGCCAAUGAUUUAUUACACUAUUUUUAAGUGAAUUUGAUUACUCUCUGUCUUACGGGUUUUGCUAUAUCUUUCAUUUUAGUUCAUCUAUGAAAUUACUAUGUUUCUAUUUAUGGAUAUGACUCACAUUU